AUGUUCACCUCGUCCUCCAUCAUCGACCUCACCGUUCCUCUUGCGCCGCGACUACCCUCCAUCGCCCGAUUUGACGACGACACCGUGCCCUUCCUCCCUCCUGGGCUUCAGACCGAAGUUGAUAGCGUCGCUCCGGGCACUCGUGCGCGAUUAGGUCGUGCCCCUAUUGGCCUCGGCAUCGCCGGCGUAUCACUCUCCGGCGAGACCGUGAUCUCUGACGAGGAAGAUGAACGGGGUUCCGAAGCGUACUCUGCUCUGUCAUUGUGUCCAACCACGAAGUCAGCCGAGGUGAUCUUCAAUCCGAUCGACGGCGAUGCGGUCGUGCUCUUUCCUCAACUAGCAAAGUACUGCCUACCGCUUGACGAAGAUGCCCUCUACCAAGGGUUUAUGCCAACCCCCAAACCGCCGUCAUACAUCAGCCCCGACAUCGCCUUGGCAUGUCCCGCGUUGACUACCAACAUUGGACUGGGUAUUAGCGGCAUUGACGUCGGCCCGCCGACACAGGACUUAAUGGACAUCACCAUUUCGUCCGUCGACGGACUCACGCCUUCAACUCCUCCCCGCGCCCCGCGCCUACCCUCCAUCUCCGCCUUCCCUUCCUCGCCGUCGCCAUCGUUUGAAUCCUUCCCUGCAUUUCCCACGUUUGACUCUCAGACGUUGUGGAGCGCGCCAUCCUUCGGCGGAUCGUGGUCCUCGAGUCUGGCGGACGAGGAUCACGAAUGGUCGCGGUCGUUCUCGGUCGGACCUGUUACUCCACCUCACAGCUUCGCUCGGGGACCUACGGUGGGACUCGGCAUUGUGGGCGUCGACUCUCCGCUGGACGACGCGGAUGCUGCGCGGGCGGAUGAAGUUGGCGUGUUUCCGGGAAUGGCGGAUCGGUUGGAGAAGGUUAGAUUCCAGUCGAUGCCAGAAGAAGCGGGUUCUCCGGUUCCACGCUUCCGUCAAUCGACUCGUGAAUAG